AUGUGGAAAUUUCCGGAAAGAGUUUCACUUUGGCGAACUGGCGUGCAAGUGUUUGACCUCACUGUACGAUUUGAUUUUCCCAGACAAGACAUCAUUCCCUUUGUUCCUCUUCUCCACUUCUGUAUUCAACUCUCUCAAUCAUUUUCCUCUCUUUCUCCCUCAUUUUAUUUCACUCCUCUCUCUCUCUCUCUCUCUCUCUCUCUCUCUCUCUCUCUCUCUCUCUCUCUCUCGUAUCUGUUUGCUAUCAUUUUUUUCUUUUUCUUCCUCAUACACACUGUUCAGGUUUACCAUCCUUCUUUUUUCUUUUCCUCUCUCUUACUUUUCUUUUCUUUCUCCCUCACUGUCUCUCUUUAUCAUAUUUUCUUUCAUUCUCGUUUCCUCCCUCUUCCUCCUCCCCUUUUCUCCCUUUCUCUUUGUCUCUCCUUCUCGUCUUCUUCUCCUGACUCUCUUUUCCCAAUCACUCUUUCUGUUUCUUUCCACUCAUAUUGUUUAUUUUACUCUCAUUCACAUUCAUUCACCCUCUUCUCUUCCAUAUUCUCCCGCCCCGCCUUUUCGUCCUCCGUCGCCUUUACUCUCUCUUUCUAUUUCUCAUCCUCUUCUUCUAACUUCUCCUUCUUCACUCUAUUCUUUUUCUUUUUUAUUUCACACCCUCUCGCUCACUAUUAUUCACAGACACUAUCUUUUUCUUUCUCCAUCGUUCGUUCUCCUUUUCUUCUCCUUUUCUUCUCUCUUCUCCCCGCCCUCUCUAACUCACUCGCCUGUCCACUUCAAUGUUUCAAUGAACAGUGA